AUGCAUCUAUUUCUGAAAAGGAGUGUAACGAGAACAAUCAUGUCGUCCUCUACUUCUAAAAUAGCCCAACCCAAGUGGAUUAAGCCUGAUGCUAUUAAGGAGCAGCCUGCUUUGAAGCUUUAUAACAGUUUGACGAGAAAUAAAGAUGAGUUUGUUCCAAUUUCAAAAAGUCGUAAGGUAACUUGGUAUUCUUGUGGACCAACUGUUUACGAUGCUGCCCACAUGGGACAUGCGCGUAACUAUGUUACGAUUGACAUUAAUCGUCGUAUUUUAGAGGAUUAUUUUGGUUAUGACGUUGAUUUUGUUCAGAAUGUUACAGAUAUUGACGAUAAGAUUAUUAUCCGGGCUCGCCAGGAGCACUUGUUUGAAAAAUAUGUUUCUGAAUGUUCCAAGGUUGACGAUGCAUGUCUGAAGAAGGUUAAGGAGGCUAUUUUGGCCUAUAUCAGUUCUAAAGUGGACUCGAAGAUCGAGACUAUUGAGUCGUACAAUGAGUGGGAAAAGAAGAUUGAUCUCGGAAAAGUUAAGGUUGAGGACCCAAAGUUGGCAAUGCAUGUAGCAGCAGUGCGUAAAGCUGUUGAUGCGCUGAAUGGUCAUGACCAGAAGCCAGUUAGAGAGUUUCUAGAUGCCGUUAAGGACGUUUUGGUACCUGUCCUCGAUUCUGAGUUUGGCGCGUCUAUUACUGAUCCUGAGGUCUUCAGGAAGCUUGCAGCUUAUUGGGAGCGCAGCUUCAACGAAGAUAUGCGUCGUCUGAACGUUCGUGCUCCUACUGUGACCACCAGGGUCUCAGAGUAUGUCGAUGAGAUUAUCACUUUCGUGAAGCGCAUUAUUGACAACGGCUACGCUUAUGUUACAGAUGAUGGUUCAGUAUACUUCGAUACAGUGCGCUUCGAUAGUGCUCCCAACCAUGACUACGCCAAGUGUCAGCCAUGGAACCGUGGCCAGCAUGAUUUGAUUGCCGACGGCGAAGGAGCGCUCUCAUCCUCAUCAGGGAAGCGCAGUGCCAACGAUUUUGCGUUGUGGAAGGCUUCGAAGGCCGGUGAACCCCAGUGGGAGUCUCCAUGGGGUGCUGGUCGUCCAGGAUGGCACAUUGAGUGUUCUGUUAUGGCCAGUGACGUCCUUGGGUCAACAAUUGAUAUACAUUCUGGAGGUAUAGAUCUUGCAUUCCCUCACCACGACAACGAAUUGGCGCAGUCCGAGGCUUGUUUCGAGAACUCCCAGUGGGUCAACUACUUCCUCCACACUGGCCACCUGCAUAUUGAAGGUCAAAAGAUGUCUAAAUCACUCAAAAACUUUAUCACGAUAGAAGAGGCGCUGGAGAAGUACAGUGUCCGCCAAAUGAGACUUGCAUUUGCGUUUACUCAGUGGAAUAACCAGCUUGACUUCAAAGAGAGCGCAAUGGCUGAGGUCCGCGCUUGGGAGCAGUCGGUCGGCAACUACUUCCGCACUGUCCGUGCAUUGAUACACGAGUCCAUGGAGAAGGACGUCACCACUCGCCAGUCCGCACCAGAGGCUCAACUGCGUCGUGAACUCGCAGAGGUAGUCGAACGUGGUCACGUGCAACUCUGUGAUAACCUUUCUGUUGGUCUAGUUCUGAGAGGAGUGGCUGACAUUGUUGGGAAGGCCAAUGUCUAUAUUGCCGAGAGAGGCAAGGAUGUGCGUAUUGAAGUGCUUUCGGAAAUUGCCCGUUACGCUACAAAGAUGAUCUCCCUAAUAGGUAUUGAGGUGCGUUCUGAUGGCUUAGGUUGGAAGGAAGCCGAGAAAUCUACGGGGGAAGGCUUUGAGGAGGAUGUUCUUCCAUAUGUGCGGUGUUUAUCGCAUUUCAGAGAUGAGAUACGUCAACUUGCGCGGAAUAACGCGUCAUCUAAAGAAAUUCUACGGUUGGCCGAUGUUCUAAGAGACGAGCACCUUGUUAAAUUAAACGUGAUAUUAGAAGAUCGUCAAGAGGGACCUGCCCUAGUUAAGUUCAUUGACGAAAACGAACGUAAACGGUUGGUUGAAGAGCAAGCCGAACGUACAAAGCGAGAGCAGCAAAGGAAGGCUGCCGCUGAGGAAGCCCGUAAACGGGACGCUGCUAGAAGAGAAAAAGCACGUGUUCCUGCGGAGGUUAUGUUUUUGCAGAGCGCAGAAUAUAGUGCGUGGGACGAAAAUGGUGUACCAGUUUCAGAUGCUAGUGGUGAGCCCUUGUCGAAGUCGAUGAAGAAGAAACUUUUGAAACAGUGGCAGCAGCAGAAGAAGCUAAAUGAGGAGUUUAAGGAAGAAAGUACUUAG